UUCCAAAAAUGCUUUUUGAAUAUGGGUAGUAUGUAUCUAAAGGAGGCAGAUGGCAGGAAGUAAUGAUAUAGCUCUUAGGCAAAAACUCUUUGUCCAUUUGUUAGUUUUCAUAGCCCUUCUUUGAUUGUGCCAAGGUCGAUAUGAUACUGUGUAGAGUCAGGUAUUACAAAUACCUUUUGUUACAUGAUACUGAGUUUAGAGAACAUGUACUAUUCUCUUUGAGCAAAAAUCAGGAAAACCAAGGGCUAAUGGAGGCAGUGUUGGAAAGGAGAGCCCAUGACCUCCAUCAGAAAUGUAGAUUUCAACUCUGGUGCCCUAAUCUUGACCCUGGGCAAGGUCUUCACAUUUGUAUAGGGUCUUCUAUGUUUAACCACUGUGCUAGGCACAGAGAAUAUAGUAGUGAGUAAGGUUAAUAGUAGAUAGGUUGUUUUACUAUAUUAGUCUUUGCAGUGUCAGUAGUCAUAUGGAGGAAUUUAGGCAAUUACACAAAUAUUAACUUGUUAAAAAUUAAGUGCUAUGAUGAAGUAUAUAUAGUGUUGUAAAAUUGGCUGUAGUACAUGUGACUUAGUUGGGUUGGUGGAGGUAGCCAAGGAAGAUGUGCUCUGAGAAAGUGAUAGUAUACUGAAAUCUGAAAGAAAAAUGGGAGGUAGAGAGGUGAGGGAAGAUCAUCUCAAGCAGAUUCAGUGUCAUAUUUGAAGACCUUGAGCAGGAGGAGCCUGUGAGGAAAUGAAAGAUCAGUCAUCUUGGAAGUGGAUCGUCUUCAGUCAUGGCUUUGGGAUUAAAAUGCUUCCGCUUGAUCCACCCUGCCUUUUGCAGUUACUUUGCAUCCUUGACCAGACCUGUUUCAGAAAUUACAAUGAAGACAGUGAGUGGAAGACAACACGACCAUAGGCAAUACGUGGUCUUUCCAGUUGUACCAAUUCGCCAUUUUGCAACUAAGAAAGCCAAAGCCAAAGGGAAGGGACAUUCCCAAACCAGAGUGAAUAUUAAUAUAGCUUUGGUUGAAGAUAUAAUCAACUUGGAAGAGGUGGAUGAAGAAAUGAAGUCUGUGAUGGAAGCACUCAAGGAGAAUUUCAAUAAGACUCUCAACAUAAGGACCUCACCAGGAUCCCUUGAUCAUAUUACUGUGGUAACUGCUGAUGGUAAACUUGCUUUAAAUCAGAUUGGCCAGAUCUCCAUGAAGUCACCACAACUGAUUUUGGUGAAUAUGGCCAGUUUCCCCGAGUGUACAGCUGCAGCUAUCAAGGCUAUAAGAGAAAGUGGAAUGAAUCUGAACCCAGAAGUCGAAGGCACGCUAAUUCGGGUACCCAUUCCUAAAGUAACCAGGGAGCACAGGGAAAUGCUGGUGAAACUGGCCAAACAGAACACCAACAAGGCCAAAGACUCUUUACGGAGGGUUCGCACCGACGCAAUUAAUAAGCUGAAGAAGUCAAAGGACAAGACCUCGGAGGAUACUGUUAGGCUCAUAGAGAAACAGAUCAGCCAAAUGGCCGACGACACAGUUGCCGAACUGGACAGAUAUCUGGUAGUGAAGACCAAAGAACUCCUUGGAUGAAAAACCAGCAGGCCUAUCCACACGCCACAGUCUAGUUUCUGGUGGAUCCCAUACGUGUCAGAUUGGCACCUCCUUCAGCCCCUUCCAUCUACAUAGAAGGCUGUCAUUGUGCUGUCAAUCCAUGGGAGGCCAAGCCUUCUAGUGGGAUACUCAGAUUUGUUUGUUCUCCAUCCCCAUCCCACCCAUUCCACCCCAUCCUGCCUGCUCCAUUCUUCUCUGAGCCUUCUGAUAUGGGUGGUCCCUAUAGAAUAUCUGCUGCUGGCAGAGGAUCUUUACUUGGGCAGUUACCUUGUCCGCGAUGUAACCACAGACUGGGACCGUUGGCAAGCUUAGUGCCUCAUCUUAGGCGCCUCCUUUUCAGUGAAUCAGGCCCUGUUCUUUAUUUUAAAUUCUGCUCAGACUGAUGUGAGCCUUCACUCUGACUGCACUCCUUUGCUGGUAGCCUAUUUUCACCAAACCAUAAAAUCUAAAUAAAUUGAAAAAAUAAUAACCACAAAGGAAAGGAUAUUGUUGGUUUGGAUGGAUGAUCUCUAAGAAGUUGCAUAUAAAGCAACCAGGAGCAGUAUUUUUGCCUCUGGGUCAUCUUCAUGCAUACUCUGUUCUCUCCCUGGACCACUCUCUGCUCCUCACUGUUUAGUCCUUUUCAUCUUAGCUGUCAUGUUCUCUGGGAAGUCUUCCUGUACCCCCAACCAGGGUCCCUCCUUUUGGGCUUUCAUAGCCCAAUCUACUGCUUUUAUUUGAGCCUUAAUUAUUCUUUUUGCUAGUCUGUAUCUUGGUAUAAUAACCUGAAGAGAAUAAUACAGAGUAACAUUUAUAGGCAUUGAUACGUUUGUGUUGUGAAUAAAUCACACAUAGUAGGUGCUUAACAAAUACUGGCUACUUUUCUUCUCUUUCUGGUCUUAACACUCCUUCUGUAAUUUUCCACUCUUGUCCUUGUCCUCAACAUUUACUUAGUAUGGUAAUGAGAUUCCUUUCCCUUAGGACCUGUCUGUUGUUAAUAGACAAGUGGCUUAUUGUGACCCAUCUUCAGGGAAUGGGUUUCUUCUCCCUCUCCCACUCAAUUUUCCUCCCUCCCUCUCUUCUUUCCAUCCUUCCAUCAUGAGCUAAAUUCAUUUCUAGGUGUUACUUGUAAUCCUCACAGUAAAUACGACAGAUGUAUAUUAUCUCCAUUUACAAAUAGGAAAACUGAGGGUUAACAAUAUUAGGUAACAAAUCCUCCCCAAUGUAACAAAGCUGGGAAGUGGUAGAGGCUUUUAAUUAUUCAUUGUCCUUACUUUACAAAGAGGGGAAGUUUUUGCCCAUAGCUAGCAAAUAGCAACACUGGGAUUCACAUUCGAUUCUGAUGCUGUCUACCUGGAGGUAAUGUUGGUUCCCACAGGUUGAGGGCUCAGCCCAUCAAAACUGCCCCCACUUCCCAUGCCAGUCACAAGUCUGGGUCAUCCAUACUUCUGACUGACCACUAUAAACUUGAUCCUCAGAUCCCUCUUUUGAUUCAGUGAAUUUUCUAGGCUAGCUCACAGAAUUCAAAGAAGCACAUUUAUUGGCCUAUUUUAAAGGACACAGAUGAGGAGAGGCACAGCGCAAGCUGUAAUGGGAGAAUUACUCUCAGUUUCAUGGCCUGACUCCAGGCCACCAUCUUCCCCAGCACCUUGAAGUGCUUACCAACUCAGAAGGAGCCACUGCCUCCUGCUGCCUUGCAGGCAUUUAGGGAGCUUAUUUGUCAGGCACUGUGCUAUGUGCUAACAAUACAAAAUGGGUAAGGUGUGGCUUGUGUCAUUGAGUGGUGCCUUACACACUGAACUAAAAGGCUAUCUGUAGUGUCUUGGGUGGAGAUGUUUGUUUCAGUCUCCUUUCAGAAUGAAAUCACUUUGGUGGCAGUGGGGCCUGGCUGAGUUCCUUUAAAGCAGCAUCUGACUUCUCUUUACAUUUGACUCUCUCCAGAUUUUGUCCUGUGCUAAGGUAAUAGCAUUGCAUUGCAUCCUUUGCUGAUGCCAGUGGAACCUACUGUGAAAUAGCCAGUGAGGAUUCAAGGUUAAGGAUGAAAGGAACUAACUAUUUUCCUGCCUUACCUGUCCUCAAAGUCCAUUCCCCAGCCUUUAGUGGUCAUCACAUGAUCAAUCAGAAGUCAGCCAAGGGAGAACGGACAAAAAGAGCAGUGAAGGAGACCCUUUUGGGGCAAGACACAUGGUGGGGCUCUGCAAACAGUCUUUUCGUGAGUGGCUGAAAUCCCCCACUCACUGCAAAUGUGCUUUUCAAAGAUGCAGGAUUUUUUAAUAAACAGAGGAAAUGAUAAAUUAUGUUGUAACUCCACUCCAAAGGCAUUUGGUUCUUAACAGCCAAAUCCUCUGUAGUCUUUAAAUAAACAAAAACUUAUUCAGUGAACAGACGGGGGUGGGGGGAAUGAAAGAUUUUCUGUACUUGGGUUCCACAUGUCAACAAUUUCUCUCCUGUGUGUAUGUUGGCCAAAGCUGUAUAUCAUGAUAAAUGAAUAAAGGAAAACCUCGAGCCCAGGGCAGUCAGACAGCUCAGCAAAUGGCUUUCAGCUGAUUGCUUCUAUUUCAGUUGACAUUUAUCAAAGCGUUCUCUGCUUCUCCGUGUGUCAGGGCUGCAGUGGUGGCAGGGAUGAGAAGGAGACUACCUGUUUGGAUGUGCUGAGUAACGAGCUCGUGGGAGCAAUUCAUCCCCCUUUCCCUCCUGCAGCCUUUCCAAAGAAAAGCUGGAUAUGGAAAUUCUCACACUUGCCAGAAGAAUUAAGCACCUCCUCUGUUCAGCUCAAUAGCUCAAGAGUCCAUGAACUUUUUUGCCUCUUUUUCUUGUGUAUGUGUUUUGGAUAUACAAAAGAAACAUAUAACAAGUUAAAAAUGAAACUUUACAAUUUUCAGUCUUAUCCUCCUUUAAAAUUAGGUGUAUAGCCUUCUUUCUCUGUUCAUAUAUAAAUUUUUUUAAGGAGGGAAGGGUACUGCUCUGUUAAUAUUCUGAAGUUUGCCCUUUUUUAAACCCAAAACCAACUCUGGCCAUCCACAUGUGCCAUGAAUUAUCCAGGUAUAAUUCAUUCUUUUUCUGCAAUGUAGCAUUUCAUGAUAUGGAUCUACCAUUACUGAUCUUGCUCUUAACCACUGUGACAUUUUUUAAUAAGUACACUGGAGAAUGUUUCUUCUAUUGUGAGCUAAGUACCAUGCUAGACUUUUUAUAGGUGUUAUUGCAUUUAAACUUAACCCUAAUUAAUAUAGGUACCACUAUUAUCUAUGUUUGAAUAUGAGAUAAUUGAAGUUCAGAAAGUAUAUUUAACUUGCCCACUGUCACACAGCCUAGUAGGCACUAGAGUGAAGUUUCAAGCCCAGAUCUAACUUUGAAGUAGGUCCUUACCAGUAUGCUUCAUUGAGGACUCCCUCAAAACGUGUAUUACUGUACUGGGCCUGGAUAGUGAUGUUAGAGAAGCUGAGUUUUGCUAUAUUUUUUAAAUUUUUUAACUGUUUCUAAUAAAAGAGUACAGGAAAACAGCAUACUCUGUAGCACAUGGUAAACACUGAAGAAGUAGGUGUUCUGGAAACAGUUCCGGAAGAUUACAGAUUCAUACACCACAUAAUUGGCAGAUGUCUCUAAAAUGCAUCAGAGGACCAGUGAGAAUAAAAUGAUGAUGAAGCAGUAAAUAAUGAUAACAAUAAUAGCAUUUACAGCAUUAGUAAUAUUUGCUUGGCAUGCUGCUUUAUCCUUUAUCUCAUUGAAAUGAUUGAGACUUUGCAGUUAGGAAAAUCUGAUCAUAAAGCUUAUAACCUCAAGUCACUGAUUGAGGCUGUCUUUGUCUUAAUAUGUGGUCAGCUUUCAUGAUGUAUGCUCAAAAGGAGUUAUUCUCUAUGGGGGGCAUAUUUGAUAUACAUACAGGAAGCGUAGCUUGUAGGUUGUUGUUUAGAUUUUCUAUAUUCUUAGUUUUUUACCCUUUGAUGAGAAUUGAACUGAAAGUAGUGUGUUUCAGUCUCUCCUAGCCAUUUCUGUUUCUUCUUGCAUUUCCUGUAGCUUCUGCUGCAUGGAACUGCCCCUAAGUUGUUUGAUGCAUAUCUGGACUCCAGAUCCGUACAUCUUCAUUUCAUGCAAUGCUUUGAGUCUGAAUUCUGUCUCGCUAUAUGUCCAGAUCAUAGCCUUGCAUGAAUUUUGUUUGCAUUUACUUAGUAUAUAUUUCCCUAUUUCUUUAUUUUUAGCCUUUCAGAGUCACUAUGUUUUGGAUGUGUUUCUUUUUUUAAGAUUUGGGUUUUAUUCCAUGAACCAUUCUGAACCUCCUCUUACUUUUAUUUUUAAUUGUAAAAUACUAAUAACAUAAUAUUAAUCAUUAUAAUCAUUUUUAAGUGUGCAGUUCAGUAAUGUUAAGUACAUAUGCAUUGUUGUACUGCAAAUCUCCACAGCUCUUUUUACCUUGUAAAACUGAAACUCUAUAUCUAUUAAACAAAUGCUAGUUUACUAUUUCCCGCUUUCUAGCUUCUGGAGCCACCAUUCUACUUUCUGUCUCUGAAUUUUACUGCUAUAGGAACCUCAUGGGAGUGGACUCCUAUAGUGUUUGUCUUUUGUGAUUGGCUUAUUUUAGUUAGCAUAAUGUCCUCAAGUACAUCUAUGUUGCAGCAUGUGUGAGAAUUUCUUUUUUUUUCCCCUAAGGCUAAACAAUAUUCUUGUGUGCGUAUAUACAAAACUCCAUUUAAUAGGUAACUUAAACUCAUUUUCAUUUAUUUGAUAAUACUGGUAUGUUUCAAGAAGCCAGCCAUUAAUUUUAUUCACACCAAGUGAUUUGGUGCAUCGGCCCUCUGCAGAUUAGUGACUAGAGAUAAGAUUGAGAAAGGGUUGCUUCUGCAUAGAGGAAGUAUAGUUUUUGUUGAAUAAACAAAUAAGUGAUAAUCCAUGUCUUAUGUUGUCUCAUGCUGUUCUCAUCUGUGUUUGGUUUGUCCUGUGCUGUCUAGUUAGAUCAACCUGAAACAUUUCCCUUGCCAUGUUUCUUUUCUUUUCUUGCAGUACUGGGGCCUUCACCUUGAGCUACUCCACCAGCCCUAUUUUUGUGAAGGGUUUUCGAGGUAGGAUCUUGUGGAACUAGGAUCUUGUGGAAGUAUUUGCCCAGGCUGUCUUCGAACUGAGAUCCUCUUGAUCUGUGCCUCCUUAGUCGCUAGGAUUACAGACAUGAGUCACUGGUGCCUGGCGCCAUGUUUCUUUUCUGCUCAGAAACCUUCAGUGGCUUCCUAUUACCUGCCAAAUUAUGUCUCUUUAACCUAACAUUCAGUGACUUCUGCAAUCUAGACCUAAUGUGUCUCUUUGUGCUGUAGCUCUCACAACUACCUUGAACAACUAGUACUUAGGUAAAUGGAAUUACUAGCUUUUCUGAAAUUACGUGCUUCUUUCUCCCACCUCCAAGCCUUUUCUUAGGCUGUUUUCUUAGCCUAGUGUGUUCUGCCUUAAGUCCCUGCCCCACCCAAUAGGCAAAACUUACCUAGACUUCAAAUCCCUCUUAGUUCCGGUGUUGCUCCUGUUCCUCUUGAGCACUGCCACUUGGAUAUUCCUUGUGCACCUCAUUCUCAACUGGUUCUGCCUGGAAUAUAGCCUGCCUACCCUUCUGUGUAUCUUCCUCAGGGAUAGGCAUCAUCACCCACCUAGGUACCAAACCAGAACAUUGUUUGCCUCCCUUUUUCACACUCCAAAUUCAGUCACCUGAUCCUGUUAGUUUUAUCUUUGAAGUCACUCACUUUUGGACUCACAUCCUUGGGUGGUGCUCACCAGGAAAUACGGCAAAUGUCCCAGCCAGGCCUCACCAGGGGCUCUGAGCAUGUGGCCCUACCUCCAAGGCAAUUGCACCUGCUGACCAUGGAUGGUUCAGAGCAGGGUUGGAGGAAACAUUUGCCUGAUGGUAGUGGGUUUGCUAGGCCAUGAAUACAAAUGAAGUCAUACUUCCUUCAAUUACCCAAAGUCUCUCUAAUUCUUCCUGCCUCCUCUCUCAGGACCUUCAGCCUCAUCCACUGUCUGCCUCCAGGGUUUCUUGGCAUCUCCUGAUGAUGUCACAUGUGUCCACAACAAUAGCAUCUACUAUCCUCUCCACUCAAGGUCCUCGAGGCCUCUGAGGCUGGCCACACUGCUUGAAGGAGCUUCACUUUGCUGGAGUCAGUGUCCCUGACAAGAGUGUUGGUUUCUGGCAAGGGAAACUUACAGAGACAGGGAAAAGGUCUCUGCCCUAAUCCCAUGCUUACCUUGGCCCCUGCAUCCAAGGCAGCCUUGCUGGGAUCCGGCACUCCUAAGGUUUCCCAAGACGGCAGCUCUUCCCCAUGUUGAUUCUUCCUCUGAUGUGGGCACAAGUCCAUAUCAGGUUGAGUCCAGGCUUUCAACCAAAAUAUCUCCCUUCUUUCAAAGUAAUACUCCGUAACUCCCUCCUUCCAGACAGUGAGAGUGGUGAAGUAUUGACCCUUGACUAUGUGCUGGGCAUCUCUAGGAGCUGGUUGUUAUUUUGCAUAUAUUACAAAUGAGGAUGGAAGCAGAGAGGUUACGUUACUUGGUCAAAGACACACAAGGCUAUUUGGAAUCGAGAGAAUCUGGUGCUGAUGCCCAGGCCUACGAGGCAUCAGCCUACUAAAAGGCCAGUGGGGCUGGAAAGAGAGUUUCCAGGUCCUACUCCAGUUUUGCUCUUUCUCCUGUCAGUAAAGGUCAUUUGAUUUUUCUAUGGGUAUCAGAAAAGGGAUUUAAUAAGUUGAGUGGUUUCCAGCCAGGUCAGAGAACCUGUGCUGAUCUGUGACUUCUUCACCCAUUUGGGACAAAAUAAAGGCAAUGUAGCAAAUGUUUUCAUAAAAUU